CGGCGCUGUUUGUCCGCGCCCGGCCUGGCCCAGCGGAGGGUCCGAGCGCGGCCUGGCCCGAGGCGGCGGCGGAGGGACAGACCGGGGCCGGGGCCGGCCGGGGGCUGCGCGGGGCCCGGCGCGGGGAGGCGGGCGGGUGGGGCCGGGCAGCCCCCGCGGGGCCGCCCCGUCCCGCCCGCGGGGCCGAAGAUGCGGCGGUACCUGCCGGUGGCCCGGCAGCACUUCCUGGCGGCGCUGGCCGGCACCAGCGUGGUGGUGAAGUCGCUGAGCGCCGCCGUGGUGCUGCUGUACCUGCUCUCCUUCGGGCUGGACACGGCCUACGGGCUGGGGGUGACGCCCGGCUACCUCCUGCCCCCCAACUUCUGGGUGUGGACGCUGCUGACGCACGGGCUGGUGGAGGAGCGCGCCUGGGGGCUGGCGGCCAGCCUGGCCACGCUGGGCACGGCCGGGCGGCUGCUGGAGCCCCUCUGGGGCGCGCUGGAGCUGCUCGUCUUCUUCGCCGUGGUGAACAUCUCCGUGGGGCUCCUGGCGGCCCUCGCCUACUUCCUCACCUAUGUGGCCUCCUUCCGCCUCCACUAUCUGUUCUCCGUCCGCAUCCACGGCGGCCUGGGCUUCCUCGGGGGGGUCUUGGUGGCCCUCAAGCAGACGAUGGGGGACAGCACGGUACUGAAGGUGCCUCAGGUCAGAAUGAAGGCUGUCCCCAUGCUCCUGCUCCUUCUCCUGGCUCUGCUGCGGCUCGCUGCCCUCGUCGAGAGCAAUGUACUGGCCUCGUACGGCUUCGGGCUCCUCUCCAGCUGGGUCUAUCUCCGCUUCUACCAGCGGCACAGUAGAGGCCGCGGAGACAUGAGCGACCACUUCGCCUUCGCCACUUUCUUCCCCGAGAUCCUGCAGCCCGUGGUGGGUCUGGUGGCCAACCUGGUGCACAGCGUGCUGGUGAAGGUGCGGUUGUGCCGCAAGACCGUCAAGCGCUACGACGUGGGUGCCCCGUCCUCCAUCACCAUCAGCCUGCCGGGGACGGACCCCCAGGACGCCGAGAGGAGAAGGCAGCUGGCCCUGAAGGCUUUGAACGAGCGGCUGAAGCGAGUGGAGGACCAGUCAGCCUGGCCCAGCAUGGAGGAUGAUGAGGAGGAGGCGGCAGCAGCAGCGAAGGCUGACAGCCCGCUGCUGCCCGACCCCGGCACGGCCGGGAAGAGCCCCGGCCAGGAGUCCAACCUCAUCAGCUUCCAGGACGCCCCGGCGCAGCUGUGACCGGCCCCCUUCCCGCCCUGUCUCCGCUGGAGAGCUGCUAAUCCCCCUGGCGUCCCCCGCGGCCCGGGCGGGGACUCCUCCCGCGCCACAGGCAGGGGGAUACCUCAUUCCAACGCUUCGCUGCUGCUCGCGGCCAGCACCAGGCACCCGGGACAGUGACACUGCCACCACCGUGAGGACAGGGAUUCCUGGAGCCGCUCCCUCAGCCGGGGCAGGCCGUGGAGUCGGUGCAGGCAGCGGGGCUGUUCUGGGAGAUGGACGCGGGGCUGAUCCCUGCCCCAAACCGCUGUGCUGGCCCUCGUGGGAUCGAAGUCAGCUUCUCCUCUGUGCCAGGGCUUGGCCAGAGAACUCAACACUUAUUUUCUCCUUUCUGAAGGUAGUUUUGUCCCUAACUGAGGCAGUGGGAAGGCUGGUGGGUUUCUCUUCCGAAUGUCUUUCCCGUGGGGAGCCUCUCCCCACCCCGGCAGGAGCUCGCCAGAGCCAGUGAGAAGUUUGUUGGGGAGGAGGGGACAGGACACUGGGCAGGAAGAGGCCACCCAGCCCCUCACGGUGGUGCUCCAGCACUGCCGGCUCCAGGCUUUGCGAGGUGGGGAUUCUCUCCUUCCUCUCCUGCCCCCUCCCCCUGUGAGGAGCUGCUGCCCUUGGCUGCUCCCCGGCUAAUCCGUUUGCCAGAUUACACUAGAAGCUGGAAUUAAUUUUACAGUGGGACUCUAGCUGCUUCUUCUGGCAGCAGGUUUUCUUUCCUGCAGGUAGAAUAUGGGCUCCCCCUUUCUUUUCCCUCCCUCUUUGUUGAUGGAGUUUUUUUCCCUGGAUGGAGAGGAUGCUCCCUGCGACAGCCUCCGCAGCUCCUGAUCCAGUGGGCAAUUCCCAGCCCUGGAUGCGGAGCAGCAGUGUCAUGAUUAUUUUUUUAAAGGACCACACGAGAAGGUUUUGUCAAACGGGAAGAACAUUUGGGUAUCAAUAAAGAGUUCUUUGGAA